AUGGACGAUCCCGAGGCGUUGCUGCCGUCGAUCGAGCGGCGGACGAAGCAGCUGCGGCAGCAGGAGCAGAUGCUGCGGGAAGCCGUGACGGCCGCGUCGCGCAGGAAGGAGACGAGCGCAGCGGCGCUCAGGUCCGCCGAGGACGCGCACCAGCAGCUACUGCGCGAUCGAUUCCCCGCGCUCAACGCGCAGGUGAAUGCGCAGCUGGACGCCAUGGCCGCCCAUGCCGCCGCCAUCGUCGCCUUCCUCUCUUCCGCGCGCCCGGGGUCGCUAGCAAUGGUGGCGGGGGUGGAGCCGCUGCUGGAGGCGCAGGAGGAGGUGGCGCUGCAGCACGAGAUGUGGAAGCGACGCCAGUUCGAUGAGGGGCCGUCCCGGGCGGUGGCGUUGGAGAGGUUGGGUUUGUACUCGCCGUGUGACCUCAACGACCUGGAUUCUGCCGUCAUUGGGGGGGACGAUGGACCUUCCAACGACACGCCAGACGCCAUCUACAGGCGCAACAUCAGGGAGCUCAAACACGUGCAUGACCUGGCGGGGGAGGCGGAGCAGCGCUACGUGGCGGCCAUGGUGGACGAGGCUCGCUGGACCGCCAGGGGGAGGGCGCUGGGCAGCAGCAACAGUGGUGGCAGCAGCAGGGGGCCAGCAGGAGGCGCAGGGCAAAAAGGGGUGGGGCAGGGGGGGGCGGAGGAGAGCAGGCGGAGGAGGCGGCUGGAGGAGGUGCAGGCGGAGGUGGCACGUGCUAGAGGCGUGGUGAGCAAGCUGUGCAAGGAGAAGGCACGCCUGCAGGAUGCCAUGGUGUAUGCUGGCGACUACGAGCUCAAGAUGCAGAGGCAGCGCUUCUACCUCGCCAAGAUGCACCAGCUGCUGACUCAGCAGUACUGGCAGCUGGCUGUCAACAUGGCACUGCAUGGAGCCGUCCUAUUGGACGCGCACCACCUGGAGCGCACCCGGAAGCUGCUGCUCCAAUUGCAUCGUGACACGUCAGCAGCCAUCAGCGACUCUGAAACCCGCAAGGCGGCCUACAAGGCACUUGCUGCACAGCCCACUGCCCCCACCGCGCCCACUGCCCCCACCGCGCCCACUGCUGCACCAUCCUUCUCCUCCUCCCACCUCCCGCCCCCUUCCUCCUCCCUCCCCAUUGCCGCCUCUCUUCCCCUCUGGCCCGCCCUGCUCUCCGUGCUCUCCCUCCCCGCUGUUCAAGGGGAGCCACUCGGGGCAGCAGGGGGGGGAGGCGCGCAGGCAGCAGGGGGGAGGGAGGGGGAGAGUGCGGGGGAGGUGGUGGGGCGGCUGGUGGAGGGGCUGAGGGGGAGGGCGCAGGGGGAGGGGGAGCGGGUGCAGCAGGGGAUGGAGCAGAGCGAGCGGCUGCUGGCACACAUGGCGGGCAUGCAGGCGGCCAUGGUGGAGCUGCUCUCAUCGCCGCAUGCCACUCCCUCCUCCACCGCCGCUCAUGCCAUGCCGCUGCACCUCUCGCCCCCUGCUCUCGUGGACGAGCGGUUGCGAGUGGAGCGCCAGCUCAGCGAUGACGUGUCACCGGCGAUUGACAGGCUGGCAGACGAGUGGCAGACAACCCAGAGGAGCGCGGUGCACGCCCCAAGGCACGCCAUCCGGCAGCGCGUGCUGCACUCCUUCUUCUCCCCGGGCGCCCUGCCCCACGCGCUACUGCUGCUGGCGCACCCCGCUCAAGGCGCAGGGGGCGAGGGGGUGCGGACCGAGGGGGCAGGGCGGGAGGUUCGAGAGGCUCAAGGCGGGACGCACGGGCAGGAGAGGGAGAGCAGGGGGGAUGGUGGCGAGGGCAAACUUGAUGUAAAAUAG